GGGUCAAAACCAGUCAGGAGGACCUGGCGGGGGUGGAAGGAAUGGGGACAAGAAAGAUGACAAGGACAAGAAGAAGAAGUAUGAGCCUCCAGUUCCCACCCGUGUUGGCAAGAAGAAGAGGAGGACGAAAGGACCUGACACAGCAAGCAAGCUACCACAAGUCACACCACACACAAAAUGCAGACUUCGCCUUCUCAAGAUGGAGCGCAUCAAGGAUUAUUUGUUGAUGGAGGAAGAAUUCAUCCGCAAUCAGGAGAGACUCAAGCCACAAGAAGAGAAAGAUGAGGAAGAGCGUUCUAAGGUGGAUGAUCUUAGAGGGACCCCUAUGUCAGUAGGUUCUCUGGAGGAGAUCAUCGAUGAUAACCAUGCCAUUGUCUCGGCCUCAGUAGGCUCAGAAUACUACGUCAGUAUCCUGUCUUUCGUUGACAAGGAUCAGUUGGAGCCAGGCUGCACCGUCUUACUAAAUCACAAGGUGUUAGCUAUUGUUGGAGUGCUAGGGGAUGACACAGACCCCAUGGUGUCUGUCAUGAAGCUGGAGAAGGCGCCUCAAGAGUCCUACGCGGACAUAGGAGGUCUCGACACCCAAAUUCAAGAGAUCAAGGAAUCUGUUGAGCUACCACUAACCCAUCCUGAGUAUUAUGAAGAGAUGGGCAUCAGACCUCCCAAGGGUGUCAUUCUAUAUGGUGCUCCUGGAACAGGUAAAACUCUCCUUGCUAAAGCUGUUGCCAAUCAAACAUCAGCCACAUUCCUUCGUGUUGUAGGCUCAGAACUCAUCCAGAAAUACUUGGGUGACGGACCGAAGCUUGUAAGGGAGCUGUUCAGAGUGGCUGAAGAGCAUGCUCCAUCAAUAGUCUUCAUUGAUGAGAUCGAUGCUAUUGGAACAAAGAGGUACGAGUCCAACUCUGGAGGAGAGCGUGAAAUCCAGAGGACCAUGUUAGAACUACUCAAUCAGUUGGAUGGGUUCGAUUCUAGAGGUGAUGUCAAGGUCAUCAUGGCAACCAAUAGGAUUGAGACACUUGACCCUGCUCUCAUUAGACCAGGUCGUAUCGACCGUAAGAUCGAAUUUCCCCUCCCCGAUGAGAAGACAAAGAGGAGAAUUUUCAACAUCCACACCAGCCGCAUGACGCUAUCUAACGAUGUUAACCUUGAUGAGUAUAUCACCUCCAAGGAUGAUCUAUCAGGAGCUGAUAUUAAGGCUAUAUGUACAGAGGCCGGUCUCAUGGCAUUACGUGAGCGUAGGAUGAAGGUGAACAAUGAAGACUUCAAGAAGUCAAAAGAGAAUGUCUUGUACCGAAAGACAGAAGGCACCCCAGAAGGACUCUACCUUUAA